AUGGCCACCACACUGAUCAGAGGAGGAGGACACAGGUGGAGACCUGGAACAGUGUCAUCAUCAAUGCUCAAACAGAAACCAAACAGCCUGGCCCGGGCACCAGGAGCUGGAUUUAGCCAAGGUGGGGAAAUGCCAGCCAAAUGCCUUUUUGCACUUCUUGAUUCCAUGCUCCACUCUCAUAACAAUAUCAGGGGCCGUUCCGCGGAUGGAGAGAAGGCUAAUAUUGAAGCGGCAGGCCAGACAAAUAAGAGCAAAGUGUACUUAGCCACCUGUGGACCAGCUGGAGAGGAGAUGGCCAUAAGAUGGCAUGAAAUCCACAGAGAUCCAGUCUGA